GCCACACACUCGCACCAGUCGUACGUCAUCGCCAUCGCGACUUCUCGUGCUUCCGCGUGUCACUCGGGUCCAACACGUCGCUUACGUCGACUACUUUGCUUCUUUCGCUGGAGUCCUGCUUCAGUAUCAAUCCCCCUCGCUCAUCUUCUUCAUACCACCGCGCCGCGCCGACUGCCGCGAGAGCUCCCCCAUAUCCCACUCGAAGCCCCAGGGCACUGCACCGUCAAACAUGGUGCUACGAAAGUCCGACGAAGCCGACGACGUCGUUCCAGCGCCGCUCUCCAAGGCGAUUCCGCCAUAUCCCACGACUCCUUCCGACGAGCACCCGCCUGCCUUUCCCGUAUCGCCCGAGCAUGCCGUGGACCCGCCCAGCACAAGCAAGUCGCCCGCCUUCAACAUCAAGACGCCCGAGGAGACGCGACUGCCUGACGACAAGCAUGAGAGCGACUCCGACCUGAGCGAAGACGAGUGGAACCAGUCCGAUGACGACUUUGAAGACAUCAACCACAACGAUGUGCCUGCCGCUCUGAAGCCUGCUGCUGGAAAAAGGCCACCUGUGCCCAAUACCACACACAUCACCGGCGGUCUUCCCGAUGCCCUGCGGCCAGGGCCACCGGCAGGAAUCCCCAUCAAGCGCUCACAGGAAAGCAUGUCGGCCAUGCCCACCGGUGCCAGCGCGGCUUCCUACGGCGCGGCCAGCACCGUGUCCGAGCAGUCAAAUGGCUCCAUCCCACUGAAGACCAACAAUCCCUACCUGAAGAUGCAGACGACUGGGCAGAAUAGCUGGGACGGAGAGAGCAGCCAGGCUAUCUGGGGCGAUGCACCCAGCCAGGCCCACAAGUACGAGGCGCCUGUCGAGCUCCCGGCGUUCCAGACGCCAAGUACACCCACCCACGAGAUGAAGAACCUCGGACUAGAUGACCAUGCCGCACCGGUGCAGCCAGCACCAGUAGUAGAGCCGCCUGCCAUCGCUGUGAACUCUCCUACGCCUCGGUCGGAACAUCCGGCCACUUCCCUUGAUGCGAAUCCAUGGGAACCCGCCUCGCACGAUGCUCGUACUGACACUGUACCCUGGACGGCACCGCCAAGCGAUGCAGCUGCCGGUAAUGAAAGCUCACACGACAUUCCCGCCCCAAUCAUUCCAAAUGCGCAUACUGUAGAGCAAUCACCCCUUCCACCUCAAUACACUCCCGAGCAAACACCACCCUCCUCCGAAGAUCCUCCACCUGCGCUGCCGCCAAGAAGGUCGCACGAGGACAUGGCGCCUUCAAUGCCCCCAAGACCUAUCGAUACGGGUGUUGGCUUUUCAGCACCUUCUGCUUUGGAGUCGCCGAAUACGACCAUGGAAAGGCAGAGGAAGGAACACUACCAAAUCAAACACAUUCGCUGGCUUGACCACACAAUCGAGGAUAUGCGCGUUUCCCCAAUUCUGACACAGAACCUGAACGGUCCCUGUCCUCUGCUGGCUCUGGUCAACGCACUGGUCCUUUCAACUCCUGCCAGGCUCGACACCGCACUUGUCGAGACAUUACGCACACGUGAGACAGUCAGCCUGGGACUGCUACUUGAUGCUGUUUUUGAUGAGCUGAUGUCUGGUCGACGCGGUGAUGCUGCACAAGCCUUGCCUGAUGUGAGCGAGCUGUACAAGUUCCUCCUCGCUCUCCACACAGGUCUCAAUGUCAAUCCCAUGUUUGUCCCAGACUCCAACACUCCAGAUGCACAAUCCACGCUUACGAGCCGAGCUGGCGCUUUUGAGAACACUCAAGACAUGAAGCUGUACCGCACUUUCAACAUCCCCCUGAUGCACGGAUGGCUGCCGGAGGCUGGAUCCGACGCUUAUGCUGCUUUCAGUCGCGUAGCGGCCUCGUACGAAACGUCACAGUUUGUUCAGUUCCAGGAAGAGGAGUUGAACGCGAAGCUAGGGGCAGGCGAAUCUUUGAAUGAGGACGAGCAACAGAUGUUCACGGAUAUACACGCCAUCAAAGAAUUCUUGAUGCGUUGGCCAACACAAUUGACUGACCACGGUCUGAAGGUCAUUCGUGAUAACCUCCAGCCAGGUCAAGUCGCCAUCCUAUUCCGGAACGACCAUUUUUCGACUCUCUGCAAGAAUCCUCGCAAUGGCGAGCUCGUCACGCUUGUCACAGACCAGGGCUACUCCACCCACGAUGAGAUUGUCUGGGAGUCUCUUACUGACGUCAAUGGCCAAGGUAGUCAGCUUUUCUCUGGCGACUUCCGCUCCGUCGACAACAGCAAUACUUCCGGCCUACAGGAUCAGCACCAAGCUUCAAACCUAGACGACGGACAAGGCUGGACAACCGUCCAAGCACGCCGCGGCAACCAACAAUCCAACAUCCCACAAGACACCGACAUCACCUCCCCGGAAGCCCUCAGCCGCGCCGAACAAGAAGACCACGACCUAGCCCUCGCCCUUCAACUCCAAGAAGAAGAAGAAGACCGUGAGCGCCGCGAAACAGAACAACGCAACAACCGCAACAACCAACUUUCCAUGGACGCUAUCAACGCUCCUCCCCAACCACCGCGCAACCCGCAGAACCCCGUUAUCCCUCCCCGCCGCAACAAUAAUAUUACUGGGCACCGUCCUGCUGGUGAAGCGGCCCCGCCGCCUCUGUAUGAAGAAGCUAUCACGGCGCCGCAAUACGUGCCACCAGCUGGUCACCCAGCGAGUGCGCAAGCGCCGGUGCCAGGACAGGGUGGUGGUGCGUAUCAGAGUACGAGUGGAGCGCCGCCGCCUGGUGCGGGGAGGGGCAGGCAUGGUAAUAUGAUGCCUGGGAGGAUGGGUGGAGGGAGAAGACCGAGUCAGGGUCAGCAGGGGCAGGAGGAGAGGGAUAAGUGCGUUGUUAUGUAGAUGACGACACUUUUCUUUUUCCCUUUCCCCGAUCUAGAAGAAUGUGGCUCGAGAUGGGAUGGUUUUGAGGCGAUCUGCUGACAUGUCACAUUAGAGAUUAUGAAGACGAGGCGUGUUCGUGGUGUUCGGUUAGCUAGUAUCUGUUGUGAGCGCGGACUGUGGAAUUUAGAAGUGGUUGUGGUUAUUAACGCGGCGUUUGGUGCUGAUGUUGGAGUGUGUAUAUACCCGUUAUUCUUUUCCUUUUGCGUUUCGGAAGUACGUCGUGGUAGGAGUCUGUUGUUCCAUCGUGGUGGGAGCAGUAUUAUUAAUCCGAGUUCUUAUUUAUCA